AUGGCGGAAGAACAGCUCCUCCUCCCCAUCAUCGACUCCCACAUCCACCUCUACCCAGCCUCCGAGGUCGACACUCUCGCCUGGUGCACCCCCGAAAACCCGCUUGCCGGCCAGCACUCGGUCGAGGAGUACCGCAAGGCCUCGAGCUCCGCCCCCUCUCUCCUCGGCUUCAUCUUCGUCGAGACGGACCGCAAGAACGACCUCGAGUCUGGCGCCGCCGAUGGCUCUGGGUGGGAAGGCCCCCUUGCUGAGGUCAACUGGAUCAAGCGUGUUGCCCUCGGCCAGCCCCGCGACGGCGAAGGCCAUUCGGCCGACGAUGCGAAGCUAUGCCUGGGCAUCAUCCCUUGGGCCCCCCUGCCUAGCGGCGUGGCUGUCAUGGAGAAGUAUCUCGAGCGUGUGAAGGAGGAGGCCGGCGAGGCGUGGUCCAAGGUCAAGGGAUUCCGAUAUUUGGUGCAGGAUAAGCCCCACGGAACCAUGCUCGAGGAUGACUUUGUUGAGAGCGUCAAGCUGCUGGGCCGUAAGAACUUGGUAUUCGAGGUCGGUGUGGACCAACACCGACGUGGCAAGAAGCAACUCGAUGAGCUCGUCGCCUUUGUCGACCGUGUCCACGACGGCGUCCCCGACGAGGAACGGGUCACCUUGGUCCUGAACCACCUCUGUAAACCCGACUUCAGCAUCUACAACCUCACCUCCGACCAAGGAUUCAUUGCCUGGCGCACCGCCAUGUACACUCUUAGCAAGGACUCCCACACCUACAUGAAGCUGUCGGGUGGCUUCUCUGAGAUGCCCGAUUCCCUUAGGAAUGAAACCGCCAAUCACAUCUUCGAGUCCACUCUUGGCUGGCUUGGAAUUAUCCUGGCCACUUUCGGCCCCAGCCGCAUCAUGUUCGGCAGCGACUGGCCUGUUUGCACCGUCAACACCAAGGACGCCUGGCCCCGCUGGCACAGCGUCGUCGAGCGCAUGUGCUGGAUGGCGACUCUGGGCGAUGAGGAGCGGGCCAUGAUCUUUGGGGGAACCGCCAAGAAGGCUUACGGGUUGUAA